UUGACGGAAGUCGCCUGAUCGUCGACGAGCUCCAUAGUGAUGGGUACCUACAAUUUCUACGCUAGUUUUGUGGCUUCGUAAAAAGCGACCGCGGCGAAAGUUGCUUCGAGUCAAGUUCAAUAACACAACAUAACAGUACCAACAACGUCGGAGUGCGCACCAGCUGCAUCAUCUGAGAAUAUUGCAAUAAAAAAAUUAACAGUUAACGUAUUCCAUUUGCCGAUUUACGAUUUUAUACCUGUGUCUGCAUCGCUCUUUAGUGUUUCAAGGUUAUCAACAUUGUUACCAAGUAAAUGGAUUGUUAAAGAUGAAGAGUUUCGUGAUUAUCUUCAUCACAUGCUGUGUAUGUCCUGUUGUUUUGCCGGCGAAACAUUUGCCUAAAUGGAAGAAACAGGCAUGCUCGCUGCCGGCGGUGCUGAGCGAACACAGUCACUACAUAUGCGAUGACAACGGAGAGCCCAAGUGUUUGCCCGGCUGGCAAGGAGAUAUAUGCGAUGUCCCUCUUUGUAAGAAGGGUUGCGAUCCACUACAAGGUUAUUGCAAACGCCCUGGUGAAUGUCGUUGCAAGUUGGGCUUCUAUGGCGAGCAUUGUAAUAAGUGCAUACCACUCCCGGGCUGCAUGCACGGACAUUGCAACCAGUCGUUUGAAUGCAUAUGUCGGGAAGGAUGGGACGGGCUCUUCUGUUCAGAACCAAUUUGCCGUUCGGACUGCCACGCCACUCGCGGCUACUGUGAUUCGCCUGGCGAGUGUCGUUGUAAGCUCGGCUGGUCCGGGCCCACUUGUAGAGCCUGCCAACCUUUACCUGGAUGCCAGCACGGCUACUGCGACAAGCCUUUAGAAUGCAAGUGCUUGCCUGGCUACACCGGCCUCUUGUGUCAGACGCCGAUUUGUGCAAUCGGUUGUCACGGUGAGCGGGGGUACUGCAGGCGUCCUGGUGAAUGUCGCUGUAAAGUUGGAUGGACGGGCGCCACAUGCUCGCAGUGUCAUCCGUAUCCUGGCUGUGUAAAUGGCACAUGCAAUAAACCGUGGGAGUGCAACUGCAAGCAGGGAUGGGGCGGCAUGCUCUGUGAUAAAGAACUAAAUUACUGCGAGAAAAAUGCAAACGUGUGCAAGAACGGUGGUAAAUGUCAAUCUUUAGAGGAGGAAGAUGGUAACUACAGGUGCCACUGUCCUGUCGGUGUGAGCGGUAGACACUGUGAACAUCUACCCGACAGUAUGACCACUACGCCAGCCGAUAAUUCCGAUGACGUCACCGAGACUGUCACGGAAACCACAACAACUGAGACCACCGACGCAAGUGACGAUAACGAGACUGAAUAAUCAGUGUAUACGUGUAUAUCUAUGACAGACUCAAACUCUAUGAACCAUAUCUAAACCCGUAUAACUAUCAGCCCCGGAUCUAGGGGGGACCAACAUGGGCCCCGGGCGGCAAGUUCUGGGGUAAAUUCGAACUUGGCAGAUGAAUACACAUCUGAUUAUUAAUGCACCUUUGACAACUUGACCAGUGACAGACGGACGUCAAGUGAAUUCAAUGUUUAGAUAUAACUGUUAAAAAAGCUACAAUAAUUAUGUUAAAAUGUUUAUUGUAAAAAUGUUGGACGGAAGUGGAAGGAGUCUUAAGAGGGCCAUUAAGUUUUUGACACGCCUCGAAAAAAAAUUACAAUCUGGGGCUGAUAACUAAAUUAAUAAUGUGUACCAAACGGGAGAGUUUUAAAAUAAGUACUCUAUAAACCGGUUUGAUAAAGAAACAAAUUCGAUUGAAAAAAUAUUUAAUAAUAAGUUUUUGUGAUUCUACUAUUUCUGUAUAUAAUAUGUUUAAAAAUUUAUUACAUAUUAAUACUAUUGGCGGAGAUUCGAUUACUUACUUGAUAUUUUCAUUUUAAAAAUUAGAGUCGCAAAGUUCCUGAAUUUGUUCACAGAGUUUUCGAAUAAUGUACCGUUUAAUCAAAAAUAUUACGUUUAUUUUGGUUAAUCAGUUUGAUUAUGAAUUAUUAAACAAUCAUAAUUAGGUACCCAUCUACCUACACUAAUUAGGUAAUAUAAAUUCAAAACAAUAUCCCAUUGAAUUAUUAUAUAUACAUAUAAAAGAAAAAGAAAUACUACCUAAUAGUUUUAUAUUUUCGUACAUUUUAGUUCGUCAUUAUAAAACGUUUAAGUGUAGAUCAUCGUAAUCAUAUGAGUAACCGUAUUGUAUAAUAUGUUAAAUAUAUAAGACCUAUGUAUUAUUAUUUUAAUGUAGUUAUAUAAUUGGCCAUCAAAAAUAUGAACUACAAUGUUUCCAUUAUUACCUUCCCUUUACAUCAACGCAUACUAUCUAUAGUAAUAUAGUACACUAUUUCAAAUAGAGAAUAAUCGACUAUUUACAUCAUAAUUAUCAUUAUACAUUGGUAUAUUGUCAAUCAUUGUAGGUACAUAAUAACUAUGAUAAUAUUAACAUAAACAACGAGUACGUCAAUGUAUAUGUACUAUGUUAUUUGAUAAAUAUUUUAGUUUGUUAAAUACGUGCACAAUUUUAGACUGAUAAAUCGAAUAAAUGGUAUUAUGUUUCAUCUUAGUUUAAGGUGGCGAGUGUUUGUUUAAUUUAUUUUGUAUGUGUGAAUCAGUGAAUAAAUAUAUUGGUAUAAAAGAGUUUUUUAAUGGAU